UUUGUUUGCCAUAGUUUGGCUUUGGCAGUUCGACUUCUUUCUGGCUUAAGUCUGUAGUAGUAGAACUGCUGCACUCAUAUAAUCGUCUGCUUCUGAAUUUUCAAGUUUGUUACCGUAAAAGUGAUAAGCGUUUCCAAAUUUUCUCGUUCAUAAAACUCACAGAACCAACAGUGUGAUGUCUGCUAUUGACGACAAAAACGAACCCAGGGAGGUGGUGGUUUUCGUGAAAAGAAGUCGACCUGGAAUGUUUUGCAGUACGUUUCAAUGGGAGGCACCGAAAAAGACAACGGAAAAUGAGACUUUAUUCUGUUAUUCAGCAGAAUUAAGAAUUGAAAAUCACUUGUGUCUUUACAUUCUGGAGAUAAAUUUUAGAUUUGAAAAGGAAAAUAAAAAAAUUCACCGUGAAGUAGAUUUUUUCCCGACUCAAGCUGGCCUCCACGAAGAAGAUAAUGACUUACGACCUGUCGAUGUUUCGAUCGCUAUAAAUGAAGAAGAAACGAGAUGUAUAUUGGAGUCAAUGGGCUGGGAUCAGUGGGGUUACCGCGACAUCAGAGGAAGCAUUGCCUGCCCGGCUGGAAAAAGCUUUACCGACAUUACAUGGGAAACGACAAAUCCAAACGAAUGGAAACCCUUGACCUGUCAUCUCUGGCUCGACUUUGAAACCUCCGCUAAAAGGAAAAAGAACGCCCUCAAACAACUGACUGAAUUGUAUGUCCAGCAGAAGCAGUGCGAUGUCCAGUUUAACUUGCAAGACGAUCAACACAUUGGCGGCCAUUCACACAUACUGGUGGCCAGAAGUCCCGUUUUUGCCGCAAUGUUCCAGCACGAGAUGAUGGAGACGAAGUCGGGCCAAGUCAACAUUCAAGACAUCCAGCCAGACAUUUUUAAGCAGAUGCUUCACUACAUUUACUCGGUCCAACUUUCAGUACAGCUGACUGAAAUCACUGCCCAGCAGCUAUUUGAGGCGGCCGACAAGUACGACAUUGGUGAUUUGAAGGAUGAGUGUGUCGAUCGUCUAAUAUAUCGCAUCCGCGUAGACAACGUGAUCAAUUUGAUGGCCUGGGCACAUACUCAUUCAGUUGAAGAGCUGAAAGAAGAAACUCUCGAAUUCACGUCGCUCCAUGGGAAAGAAAUAUCUCAACUAAAAGAUUGGGAGAAUCUAAUGAAAAAUUACCCUGAAGUCUUUUUUGAGGCAACUCGACGCAUUAUUGACCGAAUGUCAUCCUCUUCCAAAAGCAAUGCCACUGCCAAUUCAAACCGACAAUAAUGGGCGAUUAAUAUGGUUGACGUAUUUGAACACAUCUCCAUGACAUCUCCAUGAAAAUUUAAACCUUGUGUUGAUCUUCUGGAUGACGGCUAAUAUUCCUCGCAAGUUUUUUUUUUUUUUUUUUUAUGAACUGUAUUAUCUAUUAUGUCUAAAUAGAUAAUUGUUGGAAGGAGAAACUGUUGUAUGGUGAAAUUAAAAAAAAAAAAAAAAAAAAAAAUUGUCAUCAUGUUGUCUGCAUACACUACAGCAUCAUUUUUGCGAGGAGUUGGAGUCGCCUACCAUCUACCAAGACCCAAAAGAGUCAAAUUCCAUAAACUUUGUAUAUUCUUAGAUUUUACACAGUCAACAACACUUCGCAUUUAUUUCGCAUUAACGUUGCUCACUUGCGCUUAGGAAUUUAGCUAAUUCGUGAAUUCCCAGUCCAUCAGAAGUCAGCCAGUAAGGUGUUAUGUAUAAUCCUCUCUGAAUAUUCAAUAUAGUUUAAGUCAUAU